CGGCCCGAUCCAAUUGUGAAUUGGGUCCAUUUAAAUGCGGUUUAACCCGACCCGAAAAAUCCACGGCGGGUGAGUCAUUGUAUGUUGAAUCCAUGCAAGUGAUUUUGCCCAACGUUGACGCUGCUGCAUUCCGAUAAUCGAAAUGGCUCUCGAUUUCAUCCUCGCCGACGUCAUUGCAUUACCCCGAUUCUAGAACAGAGGCGAUUGGUGCCGGAAUAUAUAUAGACGUAUAUAUAUUUUUGUGGCUAAAGAUGUCGAUCCAACACGAUAAUGCGGAAGCUAAACCUCUUUCAGGUAGUUGCCUUUAUGACCUCUUGCAUUCAGAACCCUCGUCAAAUUGUGGUGAGCAUUCAGGGGAAUGGAACAUUUCAUUUUCCAAAGAAGGUCCUCAAGGGAGGCUGAACAGUCUGUUAUCCGAAGCUGGCAACAGCAUUUGUGCAGAUUGUGGAUCACCAGAUCCAAAGUGGGUAUCGUUGAGCAUUGGAGCUUUCAUUUGUAUCAAAUGCUCAGGAGUGCACAGAAGCCUCGGAGUGCACGUAUCAAAGGUCCUGUCAGUGAAGCUUGACGAAUGGACCCAUGAGCAAGUUGAUGCAUUAUCUCAACUCGGAGGAAACAUUGCCGUGAACUUGAAAUAUGAGGCGAAUGUGCCCACUAAUUACAAGAAACCAAAACCGUAUUCUUCCACAGAGGAGCGCACCGAUUUCAUAAGGAGAAAAUACGAACUGCAACAGUUUCUGAACCAGGAUUCUCCAGCAGCUUGCCCAUUUCCGCUUUCGUCACCACUUUCAUCAACCUCCCAGUGCAGCCCUUCAACCAACUGUUCUCCAUCGCCCAACGAGAAAAGACACUUGCACAAACAUCAAGCCAGUAACCGCAUCUACGGUAUAGGACAAGCGUUUCGUGUUAGCAAGAGACGAGCAGAACACAAGGCUUCCAAAAAGAGCAACUCCAUGUCCAUGGCAGGUAUGGUGGAGUUUGUCGGACUAAUUAAGGUGAAUAUCAUGCGGGGCACCAAUCUGGCUAUACGAGAUAUGAUGACAAGUGACCCUUAUGUCAUUCUCUCGUUGGGAAAUCAGUCAAUGAAAACUCGGGUUAUAAGGAAUAACCUCAACCCGAUCUGGAAUGAAAGCCUAAUGUUGUCGAUUCCAGACAGCAUACCUCCUUUGAAAUUGCUGGUCUACGAUAAGGACACAUUCAAGAGCGACGACUUCAUGGGAAGCGCAGAGAUCGAUAUCCAGCCACUCCUCUCUGCUGCAAGAGUUUCGGAGAACACGGCCAGCAUCGUGGAGGCAACAACAGAGUUUGGAAAAUGGGGAGAAAGAAAAGAGACAAAAGCGGUGAAAGAUGGCGACAUCUGCAUGCAAAAUGGUAAGGUGAAGCAACACAUAUCGAUCAAGUUGCAGAAUGUUGAGCGCGGGGUGUUGGAGAUCGAACUCGAAUGCUUGCCACUCUCACAGUAAGAGGAAAGUUCUUUUCGACGAGGGAUCGAGAUCGAGCUAGAGAGAGAGAGAGAGAGAGAUAUAGAGAUGAUCCUCUCCAUUAACAUCAAGAGGCAAAAACACACAAAGGUACUCUAAUAAUCUCUCAACAAUUUUUAAGUUUUAAUUUUGGUUUUCUUUUUCUUACUUUUCAUUCAUUCAUUCAUUCAAAAGUGGCAAGAUUUCAGAUUCUUUGUGUUGUUUUUUGAGAAAUUGAGCCACUUUCAAAUGUUGUAUGUUGUAUGAAUAUGUGGGAACUUAUA